AUGCUUACCCCCGGAAAGCACCACUGGCUAAGGCCAGGCUACUACAACACCCCCUCGUUCCGCCAAAUCUGCCGUGACAGCUGGCUGAAUAUACUCACAGAAACCCUUUGCGUCAUCAUAUCAAUUCUUCUCUGGAGAUUGUGUCCACCCUUAAUCCCUCACUACUUUCCUUACUUCGAGGGCGUAGAGACCCAUCCCAUUGGCCUAAAAUACUCACAGCCACUACGAGAAGAGUACAUCAACACCAUCAUGAUGGCAGCCAUCUCGUUUUUGGUGCCUAGCAGCAUCAUGCUAGUCAUGAAUCUGUGGGUGCUCAGAGACUACUGCAAUUGGGACGCAUCGUUCACAAGACUCAGCUACGCUCUCUCAACCUCCACCUUAUUCUCCUGCAUCAUCAAAAUCCUAAUCGGCGGCCUCCGACCCAAUUUUUAUGAGAUAUGCAGACCAGCAACCUACCUUCCUGAACCUACUACCGCGUCAGCUCCGCCCACGCGGUCUCGCAUACAAUACAGCACAGUCGACCAGGUCUGCACUAACACCGACAAAUUCUCCCUCAAUGAAGCGCAAAAAAGCUUUCCAGCCAGCCACGCCUCCUCCGCAUUCGCCGGCUUCGUGUUUCUCGCGCUUUGGCUCAGCGCACAUUACAAGACGCUUGGGCGCUUUAAAACUCUUUCCGGUCAAUACUUUGACGCGGUUCCGCACUGGAAACUCAUCAUUUUUUCAACUCCGCUGUGGGUUGCUGUUGCGCUCUCGUUGUCCAAACUGAGAGAUGGAUGGCAUCAUCCUGUUGAUGUGGCGUGCGGUGCGUGUAUUGGGGGAUUCUUUGCGGUGGUGGCGUAUAAGAUGGUAUUUUGGAGCGUGUGGGAUGCGAGGGAUAAUCAUGUGCCGAGGAGGCAUGUGGAUGGUACGGGGGAGGGUAGGGUGUGA